AUGACAAACGACUCCCACGGCAGCGGGCACAGCAAAGAGCAAUCACGAGAACACAGGCACCGGGUGCCAGACAAUGGUUUGUCGCACACAAUCACCACAUCAACCUAUCAAUUAGCUAACAGUCCUGUUGCAGACCGCAAAUAUGUCACCUCGACCAUCUCGAGAAGUGGAAAGGUGUGUGUCACCGAUCAUCGCCAAGCUGGCUACGACAAAUAUGCGCCACGAAUAGACGACGCCAGCUCCGGGCACUAUCAAGACACCAAAAACCGCGCAUCCAAGCGCAAGCCCCGCGAGCACGGAACAUACAAAUGA